AUGUUUCGUUUUCUAGGCUUUCCGACCAAAGGGGCGAAAGUUCUACACGCUCUAGAAUAUAAGAAGUCGCACUUGGGAAAGACAGCCAAAUUAGUGGUAGAAUUGCCCGACGGCAAGGUUGAAAGCUACUUCCUUAAGGUACCAAAGCAUAUCAACUUGUUUUUUCUCCUUCUAAAAUUUGAAACUUCAACAGAUCCUACUGAUGGGAGAGAUUGGUCGGAAGAUGUGCGAAGGAGAGUAUGAAUCACUCAAAGCCAUAUAUGAGGUAUCCGCAGGAUUCGUACCAAAAUCAUAUUAUUGGGGGGAAUACGACAAAAACACCCAGCCAUACUUCCUUUUAGAGGAGUUUCGUGACAUCGGAAAACAAGUAAGAGCAUUGGUGUACUUUCUCCCUUCAUCAAGAAGCUUAACUUCUUCUUCAGCCAGCCGAUCCAAUAACACUCGCUACAAAACUUGCAGACCUCCACAAGCACUCUAAGUCACCUAUGGGAAAAUUCGGGUUCCAUGUCAAAACUUGCCACGGUGGGAAUGAGCAGCAAGUAGAUCACUGAAUGAUUCUUGGGCAGCUUUAUUUCAUCGGCAUCUAGGACACAUCAUUUCUCUGGCGAAAUCGACCUUCAAUUGGCAAAAAUUCGAUAUUGUGAGCGACUUGACGUUGGAAAAAGUAGUACCACGACUUCUGCUUCCUCUACAAGAGAAUGGACGAGUCCUCAAGCCUUCGCUUAUACAUUGAGAUUGCUGGGAUGGAAAUACGGCAUUAGAUGGCGCAACUGGCGAGGCCUUUGUCUUUGAUGCUUGUUCUUUCUACGGGCAUAAUGAAUACGAUACAGGGAAUUGGAGAGCCUCUCGACAUCUGUUGAGCGACGAGAAGUAUAUGGAAUGUUAUAAGGAAAACUUUCCGGGUUCCGAACCAGUGGAGGAUUGGGAUGCGAGAAACUUGCUUUAUAGCUUGCCGUUUAAUUUGGGGAAUGCGAUGUAUAUUCCAGAGUCGGACCAGAGACAGGUGUAAGUAUAACUUUCCAAUUUAUGGGUAUGCAUUGCUAAAUUACUUAGUGUCUAUGAGGACAUGAUGACGCUG